AUAAUUAUGUUGAUGUAUACGAAAUGAGCAAUUUUUUUAUUUUGUUUUGGUUCUGGCUAAUUGAAACAUUCCUGAUUGUUAAUUGUAAAAAUGUUUUUUUAUGGACAUUGUUCUAUCGUUGUUUGCAACAGCGACAAAUUGGCUUGCGGUAACUAAGUGAAUUGAAUUGAAGUGAAAAGAGAGAAAAAAAUUCUCAAAACUUGAACUUCAUCAUCAUCAUCAUCGACUACGACGUUUUUCAACAUAUACAACACAUCCUAUGCUGUAGUAUAUAUCAACCAGAGCGAAACAAAAAACUUUCCACGCGCAUACACUAACCAGAAAAAAAAACCAAAGACAAAAAAAAACAACAUCGUAAUCAAACAAUAACAACAACAACCGAAUGAAAGAAAAAAAACCAAACAAAGCUUAUGGACAACCACCAGAAGAAGGAAAAAGUCAAAAAAAAAAAACUCGUUGAUAUCAUCAUCGUCAUCAUGAACAAAAAAAAUGUGAUUGGCUAAAAUAGAAAAAGAAUAAGAACAAAAAGUCUACAUUGUCAAGAUUUUUAUUCUCAACAUCAUCAACAACAACAAAAAUUGCCAUAUACUCUACGUGUUUUUUUUUGGUGUAGUUAUAUCUGGCUGAUUGUAAAUAUUUUUGAUUUGUGGUGGGCUCAUUUUCCAAAAUAAAACUACACACACACACACACACACACCAUCAACAAUCGAUAAACACACACACAAUUGAUCUAUGAGCCAAAACUUUUUUUUUUUUUUUGCCCCCUAAUCUUCUCUUUUUUUUUUGGAUGAUAAUCCAUGAUUCACACGUUUUGAUAUAUGUAGUUUGUUUGUGUGUGUGUGUGUCGUGAAUUUUUAUUUUUUUCCCAUUACAUUUCAGAUUGAAAAUAUUGCUUGAUGUGAGAUCACAUUAUGGAUUUUAGUACAAAAAGUUUAAAAAAUCUUGUAUCAGAUGUGACUACUGUUUUCACUCGUGCUAAACAGUAUGCAGAAGAAACAAUUGGUACGGCUGAACGUACUGAAUUGGAUUCAGAAUAUGAACAGCUGGCUGAACGUGCUGAUUGUUAUAGACAAUGGACUGAAAGAAUUGUAUCGAAAUUAGAGGCUGUUAUACAACCAAAUCCAAAUAUGAGAUAUGGUGAAAUGUUGAUUGAACGAACAAUGGGUUCAAAUACUGAAUUGAUCAAAUCACGUGAUAAUCGUUUACGUAAUCUUGAUUAUUUGGGCAAUGAUAUGAUUGAUGCUGGUAUUGCAUUUGGUCCAUCAACAUUAUAUGGUUCAGCAUUGGUCAAAGUGGGUAAACAUCAGACUGAAUUGGGACAAGCAGAAAAAGAUUUCGUACAAAAUGCUUAUCGUACUAUAAUCAUUCCAUUGAGAAAAUUUCUAGAUGAAGAUAUGAAAACAAUUGCAAAAGAACGUAAAGUUCUUGAAACAAAACGGCUUGAUUUAGAUGUAGCCAAAAAUCGUCUUCGUAAAGCUAAAAGUCAAGAUAGUCAAAAUAAUCCAAAACUUAAACCAGAAAUGAUUGAAAAUGAGAUCGAAGAGGCUGAACGUGAUCUCAAACAUUGUCAAGAAGAAUUUGAUAGACAGAUUGAAAUAACAAAAUUGUUGCUUGAAGGUAUCACCAGUGCUCAGGCAAAUCAUGUACGUUGUUUGAAUGAUUUCGCUCAAUGUCAAAUUGAAUAUUAUCAUCAAUGUUUUCGUCAUAUGGCUAAUUUACAACGAGAAAUAAAUCAACCACCACCACCACCACCAUCAUCCACAUUGAAUGAUCAAUCACUUCCCAACGGUGGUGGUGGUGGUGAUGGCGGUGCUACAUUAAAAGAUUCAAACAAUCCGGCUACUAUAAAAAUGACAUCUAAUCAUCAUCAUCAUAAAAUGAGAACAACAUCCAAUAAUUCUGCUGCUACUGCUAUGGAAGCAAUUGAUUUAAUUCAUCAUACAAAUAUCGAUAACAAUUCCACAACGGUUCCAAUGGAUUUAAGUUCAUCAUCAUCAUCAACAACAACAACAACAACAUCAACAAUCAAUAAAAGACGUGCAAAAUGUUUAAAUAAUUAUCAAGCACAAUCUAAUGAUGAACUUUCAUUAUUAGCCGAUGAAAUUAUUUUCGUCACAUUGAUUGAUCAUAAAAAUCAACAACAACAACAAUCAAUCGAUGAUACAAGCGAUUGGAUGUAUGGUGAACGUCUUAGUGAUGGUCGAAAAGGAAAAGUUCCUGUUGCUUAUUUGGAAAUUUUGAACUAAAAAAAAUUUUCAUUGAAUUUGAUCAUUUUUCAUGUUGUUGUCAUGUGUGUUUUGAUUUUUCUUUUCUUUUUGUUGCAGUUGACAUUUAUUUACACUACAAAUUAUUAUUAUUCAUCAUUUUAUUUUGUACAUAUGGAUUGUCUUUCAUUAAUUAUAAAAGAAUGAUUUUUUGCGAAAAUGAAAA